CCGGAAGUGCGACAGUGUGAGCAGUGGGGUGAACGCGAGCCGCUUAGGGCUGCGACCGGCGGACCACGAGAUUCUGGAGAAAGCCUGCGCUGAAACUAGAUACCAGAAUUGUGAGCUAGAGUGAAGCAGAGAUCUAGGAAUAUGAGUUCCAUGGUGACCAUGGGUGAAUCAAGGCUGAACUGGGACAUUACUCCCAAAAAUGGCCUUCAGACAUACUUCUCUCGAGAAAAUUACAAGGAUCAUUCCAUGGCUCUGAGUUUAAAAGAGCUGCACAUUCUAUCUAGCAGACGUAUAGGAGAAAAUUUGAAUGCCUCAGCAAGUUCUGUAGAAAAUGAGCCACCAGUUAAUCCAGCAACUCAAGCAAAGGAAAAAGUUAAGACCACAGUCGGAAUGGUUCUUCUUCCAAAACCAAGAGUGCCUUAUCCUCGUUUCUCUCAUUUCUCACAGAGAGAGCAGAGGAGUUAUGUGGACUUGUUGGUUAAAUAUGCAAAGAUUCCUGCAAAUUCCAAAGCCACUGGGAUAAAUAAAAAUGAAUACUUGCAAUAUCUGGAUAUGAAAAAGCAUGUGAACAAAGAAGUUACUGAAUUCCUCAAGUUUUUGCAGAAUUCUGCUAAGAAAUGCGCACAGGAUUAUAAUAUGCUUACUGACGAGUCUCGUCUCUUUGCAGAGCAAAUUUUAAAAGCUUGUGUUGAUCAAGUGAAAAAGUACCCAGAAUUCUAUACUCUCCAUGAAGUCACCAGUUUAAUGGGAUUCUUCCCAUUCAGGAUAGAGAUGGGGUUAAAGUUAGAAAAGACCCUACUUGCAUUGGGCAGUGUAAAAUUUGUAAAAACAGUAUUCCCCUCAAUGCCAGCAAAGUUACAGAUCUCAAAAGACAGCACAUCGCCCACUGAAACAGCAGAGCGAAUAGCCGCAGCGCUGCAUGACGAUAUCAGUAACGAUCCCAAUGCAGAGAAGCUUGUUUCAAGAUACCACCCUCACAUUGCUCUCACUAGUCAAUCACUAUUUACCUUGUUAAAUAACCAUGGACCAAACUACAAGGAACAGUGGGAAAUUCCAGUGUGCGUUCAAGUAAUACCCGUUGCAGGUUCAAAACCCGUUAAAGUGAUUUAUAUUAAUUCACCACUUCCCCCAAAGAAAAUAACAACGAGAAAGAAAAGCCAGAUCUUCCAUGACGUCCCGUUAAGAUCCAUGAUGUCCAAAAGCACCUCUGUCCCCGUCUCUGCAGUGUUUAUGGACAAGCCUGAAGAUCAGAUCACCGACAUGGAGUCUGUCUUUGGAAAUGCUUCUUGGACUCUUGGGAGGGCAAAGAUAAAUUACGAAGUGAACGAGACCCGGAAAAUCGAGACCCUUGAAAGCAUGGAUCUGGAUUUUGAUGACGACGUCACUGAACUUGAAACCUUUGGAGUAACCAGCGCCAAACCAUCGAAGUCACCAUGUCCCGGCAACACGUCGGCAUCCACGGGGCCCAACACGGCGGACACCUGCGCCGCCCCCAGAGCAGCCGCCACACCGGCGGCACCAGCUGCGCCUGAUCCCUCUGCCCACUCCAGGAGCUUAUCUCAGAUCCUGAUGGAACAGCUGCAGAAGGAGAAACAGCUGGUGACUGGUGCGGACGGUGACCCCGAAGAGUGCCAAAACAAAGACAGACAGGGAUCUGGACCGAGCGGCGAAAGGGUACCGAGCUCUGAGAAACCCCUGAGGCAGGACAGUGACUCGAAGGCCUGUCACACCUCCCAGUUAGAAAGCACCGUGGUCAUCAAAACCUCCAGUGAAAACGAGCUGACCGGCGAGAGACCAAAGGAGGCCGAGAACACAGACCACUCAAAGGAGAAGGCCUCGGCGUCCGAAGCGGCGAACCCUUCUGAAGGCGGAAACUGCAGCAGUGACACAGACGAAGACUGUCUGAUCAUUGAUGCCGAGUGUCAGAAUACCACGAGCAGACAGGCGGCCCAUGUCAACCCUAAGCCCCUCAGCCCACACUCUUCCUCGGGACAGACUCCCACGGCAGGAAACCAGGCGACUGCCCCCCUAGGUUGCAACGAAGACCCUUGCGUUUUAAAGAAACCUAUCAAACGCGUGUAUAAGAAGUUCGACCCAGUGGGCGAAAUCUUAAAGAUGCAGGAUGAACUCUUAAAGCCCAUUUCCAGGAAAGCGCCUGAGCUGCCCCCAGCGAGUUUAGAGAACGCGAAGCAACCUCCCGCCGGGGAGCCGUGCGCCGCUCCUGCAGACCCUUGUAGCUGGCCCAAGCCAGGAUGGGCAUCCACCUUCCAGAAGCCCAAAGGACGCUUGCCGUAUGAGCUUCAGGACUAUGUCGAAGAUACUUCAGAAUAUACGGCUCCUCAGGAAGGAAAUCUUGUCUACAAAUUGUUCAGCCUGCAAGACCUGUUGCUCCUUGUGCGGUGCAGUGUCCAGAGGGUAGAGACCAGACCUCGUUCCAAAAAGCGGAAGAAAAUCAGAAGACAAUUCCCCGUGUCCGUGCUCCCCAAAGUGGAAUAUCAAGCUUGUUACGGAGUGGAAGCCCUGACAGAAAGUGAACUUUGCUGCUUAUGGACUGAAAGUUUACUGCAUUCCAACUGCGCGUUUUAUGUCGGACAUAUUGAUGCAUUUACUUCAAAACUUUUCCUGCUAGAAGAAAUUACAUCGGAGGAAGUAAAAGAGAAGCUUCCGGCACUCAAGAUUGCAAGUUUAUUUAACAUCCUCCAACAUGUUCUAAAGAAAUUAAUCAGCUUGCAGGAGGGCUCCUAUCUGUUGUCUCAUGCAGCGGACGAUUCUUCACUCCUGAUCUACAAGACCUCUGACGGGAAAGUCACCAGAACAACAUACAACUUACACAAGACACAUUGCAGCCUUCCCGGCGCACCUGCCAGUCUCUCAGUUCCAUGGGUCCCGCUAGAUCCCAGCCUCCUGUUACCAUAUCACAUCCAUCAUGGGAGAAUACCUUGUACCUUUCCACCUAAAUCACAAGAUCCCACAGCACAACAAAAGGGCGGUGGAACAAGAAUGCCUACCCAGAGCCACAGGAAUCUGGUUUCCAUGGAAACCAAAAGCCUGCCUGCUCAGCAGGUUGAGAAUGAAGGAGGGGCUCCCAGUAAAAGAAAACUCACUUAACUGCGCCACGGAAAAUGAAGAAAAACCUGGUUAGCACAGUGUUCAACUGAGAAACGUCUGGGGAGAAGAAAUAUGCCGAAGAGAUCCGCCAGUAAGAGAAACAUUUUACCGCAGUGUCUUCUUAAAGACUUCUUGAAGUGCCUUGAAGAAAACUUGUUGGCCGUGUGAAGGGACGUUUCAGCUGAAUGGAAUGUUACGUUCUGCACACUCGACAUCUGAGGAGAAUCUCCAUAGACUUUUAUGUAACAUGACCAUGGCAGGAGAAUAUACAAAGAAGAAGAUAUUUUUCUAGUGGGUCUUUUCCAAAAAAUAAAUAAAUAAAUAAUCACUCAUAGGAAUAUCAUUUAUUUAUUUAUUUUCAGAAGCAGUAUUUAUCAUCUCUACGUGUUAAUCCUCUUGAGUCAUGCGGUUGUUCUGCAGAGAUAGGCCAAAAAGGUUGACUCUUAACCACUGUCCGAGAUCAUUUCAAGCAAUACAAACCUUGCUUCCAGCCCACCGUGCUAGCGUUCAUACACUGCUUUACAAUAACUACGGCCGGUCGGGUCAGUCAAGUUAACACCCUGAAGAGCUUGGUGAGGUGACAUUGCAGAAGCCGGACUAGAGAGAACUUGCCGCCUGUCAUCCAGCAGGGGGCGCAGUGGGAACGACGCUCCUGCCAUUGCAGGAGCCAGAGUGCACUGGUUCUCUCCCUCUCGCUUGCUUCUCUGGUGUUAAUGAAUAAAAAAACCUUUUCAAAAAAGAUUUUAGAAGCUUUUAGCCCCAUAUACUUACGUCCUUUUCUUGAUUUUUUUUUUUAGAACUGAGGGAAAACACCAGCAACAAAGCUGACAAUCUGAGCAAAGAUGUUCUUAAAAACAAAAACAAACAAACACAAACAAACAAACACCUUCAGUUUGUGAUCCACCUUAUUGGUGAAGGUUUAAUUUAUCCGUAGCUCCGGGAAGAACAUUUCAGAGCAUCUCAAGAUAGUGCCCACGUCUAUACUAAUUAAUCACUUUACUUACUGUUUCCCUUUGUGAAUAGUCUCUACACCAUUCAAGGGCCGAUGGAUCGAUUGAUUUGUCCUGUUGGCCAGUACGUAACUAACACCUGGCAUAAUGUUUCACCUGCUUCCUUGGUAAACCCAAGUUGGACAAUCUGAAUAAAUGAAUAUGCAGAUAUCAAAAAAGAGUUGUGUCCCCCCUCCCCCCCCCCGCCCCUCCAGAAACUCACACGCCAAGGAAAAGCACGUUCCUGGUCUCUGUGAUAACGUGCUCUGAGAGAGUAACUUGAGAAGGUCACCUGGCCUGGUUCUAGUAGCUAAGGAAGGAGAAAGAUUGAGCCACGUCCUUAAAGUGAGGACAAGUUAGAAGGGGGAAAUGAAAGUGCUGCCUGGCCGGGUGGUGGCACACCUGGUUAAGUGCACAUAGCACAAAGCACAAGGAUCCGGGUUCAAUCCCCCCCCCCCCCGUUCCCCACCUGCAGGGGGAGGGGGGAAGCUUUGCAAGCAAUGAAGCAGGUCUGCAGGCGUGUUGUCUUCCUUCCUCUCUAGCUCCUCUCUCGGUUUCUCUCUGUUCUUUCAAAUAAAAACGGAACAAAAUG